AUGCAACAUCAAGUGGCUAUAAUACAAAAAUAUCUUGAAGUCGGACACACGCAGAUGGAAGGAGAUUGUGUACAUAGCGCUAUAGAAAGGAAAUUGAAAAAUAGGCUAAUCCACUUACCAAGUGAUUACCUGUGGGUUACCAAAGAAGCUCGCAAAAAUCCUUGUGAGUACGAAACUGUAAUGGUAGACUAUACAUUUUUCAAAAAAUAUUCGGCUCCUGAAACAUGGCGCUACACUUCGAUCCGACCGGGACGCAAAGCUGGAGAUCCAAAAGUUAAUGAUAUAAGGGCUAUUUUUUAUGACAACACAGGCCUGAUUAAGUUUAAAUUGGACUUUGACUCCGAUUGGGAUAGCUUCCCUCAAAGGGUUAAUAAAAUUGCCAUCAUAAGAGAGUACGCAUCCCUGCAUAGGAAUAGAAUACCUAUCACAUACCAAAAAUAUAAACAUUUACAGGAGCUAAAGUCUGUUAUCCCAUUGGACUGUCAUUCCUUUUACGACAGUUUACCUCAUAAUGAACAUUAA